UGCGGAGAUAGAUAGAGAACAGAGGGUGCGCUUUAUUUAUCAACGUCUAGAAUUUUUUUAUUUUUGUCUCCAACACCCUCAAAGUUAUUUUUUAGAUGACGGGAAAUAAAUGAACGCUUCUGUGUUUUUUUGUGUUUUUUUUUGUUUUUUUAAACCAACUGAAUACAACUCAUUUGAUUCAGAAUGAAAAGCCUUUAGGAGGUGACUGACAGCAUUUGGAUACAGGUCCAGGACUGCACAACUGGAAAACUUAACGCUUUCAUAGAAAAAGCUCAUUUUGGAAAUAUGCCUCAAAAAUGUGAGUGAAGAAAUUGUCGUGAGGAUCAUGCAUUCUGCUCCAAUGAGGUCAAAGUGACAAUCUCCGACAUGUAUGAGGAGAACCGAAAAAGGAAUGGGUACUCCAAUGAGGAAGAGGAGGGUGGUGACGAAGCGGAAGAGGAGGAGGAGGAGGAGGAGGAGGGAGGUGGAGGAGGAGAGGGCAAUGAGGGCGACGAGGAAGAAAAAGACGAGUGGGAGGAAAAUGAACGGCCGAAGAUGAACCGUACGGAAACGCUCAACUCCACCACGAGCUCCACUGGAACACAGAAGAAGAAGAGUCAGCAUGUGAAGAAGCAGGUCCAGGGCUCCAACCAAGUCCAACGUGCGCCCAGAGCUCUUUUCUGCCUUAAAUUAAAUAACCCCAUCCGCAGGGCCGCCCUUCACCUUGUGGAGUGGAAACCAUUUGAUAUCUUUAUUCUUCUGGCCAUUUUCGCUAACUGUGUUGCUCUGGGGGUCUCCAAGCCUUUUCCCGAAGACGACUCGAAUGCCACCAACCAUGACCUGGAACAAGUUGAAUAUGUGUUUUUGAUCAUCUUCACCAUCGAGACGUUUAUGAAGAUCCUUGCGUACGGCCUCGUCAUGCACCCGAGCUCCUACAUCCGUAACGGCUGGAAUUUACUGGACUUUGUCAUCGUCAUCGUAGGGUUGUUCAGUGUGGUAUUAGAGACUGCUACUCAUAAAUCCGGUGAAACAACAUCCCACAUGCCGGGGAAACCGGGAGGUCUGGAUGUCAAAGCUCUCCGAGCCUUCAGAGUCUUACGACCCCUCAGACUGGUUUCAGGAGUGCCCAGCCUGCAGAUUGUGUUAAACUCCAUCAUGAAGGCAAUGGUUCCCCUGCUGCACAUCUCUCUGCUUGUCCUCUUUGUCAUCAUCAUCUACGCCAUCAUCGGACUGGAGCUCUUCAUCGGACGAAUGCAUCGCACCUGCUAUUUUACAGGCACAGAUAAUUAUGCAGACGAUGAUCCAGUCCCGUGUGCGUUUGCGGGUCAUGGUCGCCAGUGCUAUGUCAAUGGCUCUGAGUGCAGGGGAAAGUGGGAUGGACCAAACGGCGGCAUCACUAACUUUGAUAACUUCUUCUUUGCCAUGUUAACAGUGUUCCAGUGCAUCACAAUGGAAGGCUGGACAGACGUCUUGUACUGGAUGAAUGAUGCAAUUGGUUUUGAGCUACCCUGGGUUUACUUUGUAAGCCUGGUCAUCUUUGGAUCCUUCUUUGUUCUCAACCUUGUGUUGGGUGUGUUGAGCGGAGAAUUCUCUAAGGAGAGAGAGAAGGCAAAAGCUCGUGGAGAUUUCCAGAAGCUUCGUGAGAAACAGCAGAUGGAGGAGGAUCUGUGUGGAUAUAUGGACUGGAUCACUCAGGCUGAGGACAUUGAUGAGUUUGAUGAGGAUGGGAACAGACGUGUGACCUUGCGUGACCUAGCUGAUAAGAAGAGGGGGAAAUUCGGCUGGUUCAGCCACUCAAACGAAACCCACGCAAGUCUUCCAGCCAGUGAAACGGCCUCUGAGAACACUGAAAACAUAGAUGAGGAGCACACAGAUUGUUGUGCUGCUUGCUGCGCUCGCAUUAUGAAGAUCCCGUGCUGUCGUGCCCUGCGCCGCUGGAACCGUUGCGUUCGUAGAAAUUGUCGUACAGCAGUGAAAUCUGUGACGUUCUAUUGGUUGGUGUUGAUCUUAGUCUUCCUCAACACUGCUCUCAGUGCCUCCGAACAUUAUAACCAACCAGACUGGCUCACUGACGUUCAAGACAUUGCCAAUAAGGUUCUCCUCUCACUGUUCACAGUGGAGAUGUUGUUGAAAAUGUACAGUCUGGGAUUUCAGGCAUAUUUUGUGGCAUUUUUCAACCGGUUUGACUGUUUUGUCGUGUGCGGUGGGAUUCUGGAGACAGUUCUAGUGGAGAUGGAGAUCAUGCCACCUCUUGGCAUCUCAGUGUUGCGCUGCGUCCGCCUGCUUCGGAUCUUCAAAGUCACGCGCCAUUGGACGGCUUUGUCCAAUCUGGUGGCCUCUCUACUGAAUUCAAUGAAGUCCAUUGCCUCCCUGCUGCUGUUGCUCUUCCUCUUCCUCAUCAUCUUCGCUCUGCUUGGCAUGCAGUUAUUUGGAGGGAAGUUCAACUUUGAUGAGACGCAGACCAAGAGAAGCACCUUUGAUUCCUUCCCUCAGGCCCUGCUAACCUGCUUUCAGAUCUUAACAGGUGAAGACUGGAAUGUAGUAAUGUAUGAUGGUAUCAUGGCAUAUGGAGGCCCAGUUUUCCCUGGAAUGAUCGUCUGUCUUUACUUUGUGAUUUUGUUCAUUUGUGGUAACUAUAUCCUGCUGAACGUCUUCUUGGCCAUCGCUGUCGACAACUUAGCUGGAGGGGAUGGAGACAAUAAGAAGAAUGAGUGUGAAGUUGAAGGUGAAGGUGAAGGUGAAGAUGAAGGAGAGAACGGAGAGGUGAAGGUGGACAUGGAUGAUGAGUAUGAGGAAGAGGAGGAGCCUGAAGAGGGAGAUGAUGAAGAAGGGAAAGCUCAGCUCAAUGUUGCUGACUUCGCUCCUCCUAAAGAGAAAGUUCUACCAAUCCCAGAGGGCAGUGCAUUCUUCUGUCUCAGCAAGACCAACCCAAUAAGAGUGGGCUGCCAUACCCUGAUCCACCACCAUAUCUUCACUAAUCUCAUCCUGGUCUUCAUCAUUCUCAGCAGCAUUUCUCUGGCUGCAGAGGAUCCUAUCAGAGCUCACUCCUUCAGGAACAAUGUGUUGGGUUAUGCUGAUUAUGCUUUCACCUCUAUAUUUACUGUGGAGAUCUUACUGAAGAUGACAGUGCAUGGCGCAUUCCUCCAUGCGGGUUCCUUCUGUAGAAACUGGUUUAAUUUGCUGGAUCUUUUGGUGGUCAGUGUGUCUCUGGUCUCCUUCUUCUUACAUUCAAGUGCCAUCUCUGUAGUGAAGAUCCUAAGGGUGCUCAGAGUUCUGAGGCCUCUUCGAGCGAUCAACAGAGCCAAAGGACUCAAGCAUGUGGUACAGUGUGUGUUUGUGGCUAUAAGGACCAUCGGGAACAUCAUGAUCGUCACAACUCUACUUCAGUUCAUGUUUGCCUGCAUCGGUGUUCAGCUUUUCAAGGGUAAAUUUUAUCGUUGCACAGAUGAAGCUAAAAACACUCCAGAACAGUGCAAGGGCACAUUUGUGGUGUAUAAAGACGGAGAUGUGAGUCAUCCAAUGGUGAGAGAGAGGAUCUGGAUCAACAGCGACUUCAACUUUGAUAAUGUACUGAUGGGAAUGAUGGCCCUGUUUACAGUCUCCACUUUUGAGGGCUGGCCAGCGCUGCUCUACAAAGCCAUUGAUGCCAAUGCAGAGAAUCAUGGCCCCAUUUACAACUACCGCGUGGAGAUCUCUAUAUUCUUCAUCGUCUACAUCAUCAUCAUCGCCUUCUUCAUGAUGAACAUCUUUGUGGGUUUUGUCAUCAUCACUUUUCGUGAACAAGGAGAGGCUGAGUUCAAGAACUGUGAGCUGGACAAAAAUCAGAGACAGUGUGUGGAAUACGCCCUAAAGGCCCAGCCACUGAAGCUGUACAUCCCCAAAAACCCAGUGCAGUACAAGUUCUGGUCUAUAAUCAACUCCACAGGGUUUGAGUACAUCAUGUUUGUGCUGAUUCUCCUCAACACUGUUACUCUGGCUGUGCAGCACUAUGACCAGUCAAAACUUUUCAGUUACGUGAUGGACAUCCUCAAUAUGGUUUUCACCGGCCUUUUCACUGUGGAGAUGAUCAUUAAACUGAUGGCUCUCAGACUCAGGCAUUACUUUAUUGAUGCAUGGAAUUCCUUUGAUGCUCUGAUUGUGGUGGGAAGUGUGGUGGACAUUGUGGUUACAGAGUUCAGUAGCUCAGAGGACAGCUCUCGUGUAUCCAUAACUUUCUUCCGUCUGUUUCGUGUAAUGCGAUUGGUUAAGUUGCUCAGCAAAGGAGAGGGCAUUCGUACCCUGCUCUGGACUUUUGUGAAAUCACUCCAGGCCCUGCCGUAUGUUGCUCUUCUGAUCGCUAUGAUCUUCUUCAUCUAUGCUGUAAUUGGAAUGCAGACAUUUGGAAAGAUCGCCAUGCAGGACCACACACAAAUCAACAGGAACAACAAUUUUCAGACUUUUCCGCAGGCUGUGCUGCUUCUUUUCAGGUGUGCAACGGGUGAAGCGUGGCAGGAGAUCAUGUUGGCCAGUCUUCCAGGAAAGCGCUGUGACCCAGAGUCGGACUAUGAGCCCGGGGAAGAAUUCACGUGCGGCAGCAACUUUGCCAUUAUCUACUUUAUCAGUUUCUUUAUGCUCUGCGCCUUCCUGAUUAUUAAUCUGUUUGUUGCUGUCAUUAUGGACAAUUUUGACUAUCUGACCCGUGAUUGGUCUAUUCUUGGACCACAUCACCUGGAUGAGUUUAAAAGAAUCUGGUCAGAGUAUGACCCUGAAGCCAAGGGUCGUAUAAAGCAUUUGGAUGUAGUGGCGUUGCUUAGGAGAAUCCAGCCACCACUUGGAUUUGGGAAGCUCUGUCCCCAUCGUGUGGCUUGCAAGAGGCUGGUUGCCAUGAACAUGCCCCUGAACAGUGAUGGUACGGUGACCUUCAACGCCACCCUGUUCGCCCUGGUCAGAACUGCUCUGAAAAUUAAAACUGAGGGGAACCCUGAUCAAGAGAACGAAGAGUUGAGAAUCAUCAUUAAGAAGAUCUGGAAGAGAAUAAAACCCAAAAUAUUGGAUGAGGUUAUUCCACCCCCUGCUGAGGAAGAAGUGACUGUGGGUAAAUUCUAUGCCACAUUCUUGAUCCAGGACUAUUUUAGGAAGUUCCGGAGAAGGAAAGAGAAAGUGGGUCUGGGAGAUUCAGAGAACGAUAACCCUUCAGCUCUACAGGCGGGGCUGCGAACUCUGCAGGACCUGGGGCCAGAAAUGAGACUGGCCUUGAACGAAGAUCUGGAGGAGGAAGAGGAGGGUCUGGAGGAGGAGCAAGAGGAGGAUGAUGCUCGUUAUAAGAACGAAAAUGGCUAUGCAGGUCACGCUGAGCCCUCAAGCAAAAGCCGGCGUUCCUCUUUGGCCACUACUCCCAGCGGUGCUCCUGUUCCUGUCUCAGGAGAAGGCAUCUUGAACGGGGGACUGGGACGUAGGAGCUCCUUAGCAAAAACACAGACCGGGAACGGCGCUCUGGAACACGAGAAUUUCAGAAGAAGAGACAGCAUGCGUUCCUCCCUUCAUUACCAACACAAGAAUGGUGUGAUUGACCAGCUGCCUAGGAGAUCAUCAUACUACAAAUACCCAAGGAGGGACUCCAGGGACAGAUUCUCCUCUCCACUAUCUCGGAGAGAGGAAGGCGGUGAGUACCCUGGAGAACAGCGCUUCUAUGGAAAAGAUGAGGACAGCGAGAGCGUCAUCUCUAGAGAAAGGCAUGGUUAUCCAGAGGACAGCACAAUGUUCCUGGGACAUAGAGACAUGUAUGAUGGACACUCUAUGAGACACCCUGUCUACGGUAAUCAUUAUGGAAACAGUUAUGGUGAAGGCAGGAGGACAGCACGGAGACGCCUGCUGCCUGCAACACCAACUGGGAGAAAGGCUUCAUUUAACAUACAGUGUUUAAGAAGGCAAGGUAGCAGCGAUGAUCUGCCCAUCCCGGGAACGUACCAUCAGAACUCCCCACCCUGCAGAGCGCGUUCACAGGGAUACGGCAGCUACGAUUCACGUCGCAGCAGCGCUAGAUCGUCCACGGGUUCAACAGCAUCCUGGGCAAACACUGGCCCUCGACGGGGUCAUCUUCUCUACGCUCCCCUUAUCCUGGUAGAGGAGGAGGGAGCAGGAGGGGCUGGAAGUGUAGGCAUCUGGGACAAAAAGGCUGGUGCCAUUGGAGUGCCUGCGUCUGUUCGGCAUCCCAGUUCGGGAUGGUACUCGGGACCCUCUACGGGCGGAGGGGGGCAGCCGUAUAGAGCCUACACCACCCUCAGAGUCCCCACCCAACUCAGUCCUCACUACAGCGAGAAGAGAGGCAGCGCUGACAGUCUGGUAGAAGCGGUCUUGAUCUCUGAGGGUUUGGGAUUGUAUGCCAAGGACCCAAAAUUUGUAGCCUUUGCCAAGCGUGAGAUUGCAGAUGCCUGUCACAUGACCAUAGAUGAGAUGGAAAGUGCUGCAAGUGAUCUCCUGAGUCGUGGGGGCUCUGGGGAGAGUCAAGGCUUCCUGAACCACACAGACAUGGGACCCACAUACAGUGACGAGGAGCCCAUCAGGAGCCACGAGGAAGAGGAGCUGGCUGAUGAGAUGACUUGUGUUACAUCUUUUUGAAUAACAGAAAAAGAGCUGAUCAGGAUGUCAGUAGGUGGAGCAACAGAAUCCUGACCAAUCAUAUUGUUCAUGCUUCUCUGCGUCACAGAAAGACUGAGAAUUGAGGUUUAGUUCUGAAAUACUGUGACCGGUUCUUACUCAAUUUGUGAAAGAGACCAGCUCCAGUUUACCCUGUCAACAUGGCAGUUUUAAAUUCUUUAAAUUCAGAUCUCUGAAAGGACUCGUUUUAUAAACAGCUUAUCUUGUUGAACGUUUUAUAUAUGUAAAUGUGUUUUUACUCCAUUCUUAUGUUUGUGUUUAUUUUGAAAUGUCAUUUACAGAGGGAUUCUCCUACCUAAAAUAUAUAUAAAGUAUUUUAAAUUAUUCAAAUAAAUCAAUUAAGAACUUUAUAAAUAAAUAAUUGAAAUAUUAACACUUUUAAUCAUUUUACAGGUCUGUCUCACAUUUUGUGUAUAUGUAUGUAUUUUAGUUUUCCAUGAUAGGCUUCAGUAUUGCUUAAUCGUCUUUGAACAUGGGUUCAGUCUUUAAGUGGUCUUUACUCCAAUUCCAGCUUCAAGUUCAAUUUUAAAAUAAAACAUGAUAUUGGAACAAAAAGCACACUGUUAAGGAGAAACAAAUGACUUGUGUUGAGUUGCACGGAGCCUGGCUGGAAUUUCAAGGACACUUUUUUAGGACAAUAAAAUAAAAAAACAAGUCUCUUUUUGGAAAAGUUGUUUAAUUUUGUAUUUUGUUAUUAUUAUUUAAUUGUUUGUUUUCAUUUUUUAUUCCAGUUUUAUACAUGUGGUUGAUUUUGAAAUGUUGUUGAUAUGCCUAGCCACUUUAGUCUUGUCAGAUUCCUUUUACUGAUAAUACCCAGAACAGCCACAGAAACCGUCAUCUAUUCAGAAGGAGGACACUGUGCCCCAUUCAUGGGUCUCAUACAGUAAAAAUAAAAAUUACUGAACAUUUUCUAAAAAUAAAUGCCCACAGAUUGCAGAUGUGAACUUGUCUGUCAUACCACCAUCUCUAUGUAAUCCCCAGGAUUUGCUCCCUUCCCUAACAAUUUUACUUCAUUAGUGUAAAUACAGAACAAUAUUAAUAUAACCACUUCACAUGGAAUAUUAUAAUAACUAAAGAUUUAUAUGUGAGAAUGAAUGAGAGUUUAUUAAAUUCUGAAUUAUGUUUGUAAACAAAUAUAAAGUUGAAAUGUUUCCACUCAUUGCAAUCUGUCAUUUUUAUAUCUGGAGAAUAAUGGCCAUUUUUAAUUGUGAAAACCUAUAGCCAACUUAGCCAUUUUGUGGGAAAGCUUUUUGCAAAGCCAUUUUGUAAUACAGAAUGCAGCAAAUCAUGUCAAGGCCCAGUAGCCUAAUAAGGCAUCAACUUCUGGAGCUGGGGAUUGUGGGUUCAAGUUACUUUACCUGGGUUACUUUAUAUGUGUUUAUUAGGUAUGUGCCCAAAUUGUUUGGCCAGAGGAAAGAUAUAUGCUUAUUAUUUAGUAUUCUCUAUCAAGGGAAUUUAGAAAAGGUUUAAGACAGCCAGAUGACCUCAAACUAUCGAAGGUGUAUAUAUAUAAAGACUAUUUACAGUAUGAUUAUCAUUCAUAAUCUACAGUUUACACACCACCAGGGGUGCCUUAAGGUAACCAGAGGCCCCGCGGCUACAGCAUUACGGUAGGCCCCCUACCCCAGAAAACCUUCCUGGAAAUUAUCUAUGUCAAAUUUAGAUUUUUUUUUUUUUUUUUUGAAUGCCAGUUAACAUUCACAACGCUGUUCUGCAUUCAAAUUCACUUUUGCCAGAAGUGUGUGAGUUUAUUUACAGCUGUUGUCACUGAUGCAAACUCCCAUAUGAUUAUUCGAAAAUUAUAAUUUCCCUGCAGUGUAGGCCCCUGGGCUUCAGCCCCUUGAAGCCUGUGCAUUGUGUGCCCCUAUUCUGGCUUAUGGGGGACAGUCCAUGUAACAAGAAGUUUUUGGGGUUUUUGCAUUGAAUUUGAGACCAGACCACUUUGCAGGCUGCUGGCUUUAAUUAUGGUGGUGCAUUGUGGGGGAGGACACUUUCUUUAGUCCUACUGGCCUUCAAGCGCAACUGUCCCCUUCUUCCAGACAUCUGGAUCUAUGAAAAAUGCUCUGUAUCAUUACUUCCUUAUCAAAAUGAAGCAUUUCUCAGCCUCAUUUACAAUAGUCAAGCCAGGGAUAUUGAAGCACAUGAGUUUUGCUAUUGAGACACUUUCAUAACAUACAUAGAGAACCUCUAAUUAGUGUUUUUAUUAGCAAUGAGAAGAACAGCUGCAGGGCUUUGGGCUUCAAAAGGAGGAAGUAGGGAGUGAGGAAAAAAUAUACUUUAUCGUGAUUCUGCCUUUUGUGCUUUUAUUUCUGAGUGAAUAUUUAUCACACCAAAAGCUCUAGAUAUUAUACAUGUUGUUAUAUUACAAAAUUGUAUAUAUGAGAAUUAAAUGUUAUUUAAUGAAUAAUAUUAUUAAAUAUAGCUAAAAUAUAAAAUUAAACAUAUAAAAUACAUUAUGGGUAUUUAAAUAUAUAAAUAUAUUUAAUUCUCACAAUAGCAAAGCCUAUAAUAUGCUGCAAGUGCUCUUUUUCUUUUCAAGAUUUUUUAGCUGAGAUUUCAGAAAUAUUUUCAUGUUUUAGCAUUUCUUUAUUAAACAGGGGUGUUUAUUUUUUUCCAUCUCUAAAAAUAGUGUAUGAGUCAUCAUUGUCAGUCCAAAUCUGUAUGGUUACUUCCCACAAGGAGAACAUUCUAUUCACACCUUCCUUAGUCUGUGAAAGAUCUUAAUAAAUAUAGUAUGGGUUCAUUAUGAAAUUUUAACAAGACUGAACUAGACAAUAUGAAGUGCGAUACAGGCCUCCAGCAUGCCAUCUUCUUUAGCCCGGUGAAAUCCCGAGUUAGCAACUGUCGCUCCAGAAUAUCCGCACAGUCCUACAUGUAGAUCUAAAGUUAUUCAUAACUGUGAUGUUUUUGAUGUUGUUGUUGAAGACUCUUAUUAAUAGUGAUUAUUUCCCAAAUGGCAUCUUAACGUUCCACCGAACCACUGCAAAAUGAAACGAUCUAAUUCAAUCUCAGCACUUAGCGGCCGCCGGAUCUGGUGUUCAGUGAUCAAUCACAUUCAUAAUUUACUGCUUCUGCAGCGCGAGCAGCCUGCCAUCGAAACAACAACUCAUUAGAAGGGGAAAUAUCAUAUUUGAGAGCAUCACUGAAGAUACGGAUAGAAGAAGCACGUACAUUGUGA